UUGUUAUGUAGAGGGCCGCUCGUUCUGUCAGAGUCAAUUGUCGGCGGAGUGUACAGGGCCGCGGGAGUGUGUGUGCCGUGUCGGUCCCGACAGUUGUUAAACACGAGUGGACGGUGCAGGCUCGGGAUAGAAGGACAACUCGUACCGCACCAAUCAUUGUCAACAACAAUGCACUGUCAACCCUAAUGACUGUCGAGUAAGGUGGCUGUCCAACAGUAACGAUGGAGGAAAAUGGCAACCUGACAGGGAUAGGGAAUGGCAGUGUACUUCCACCGGGUGUCCCUGAUGGACAGGUGGCAACCAUACCCGUUACCCAGGAUACUAUGGUAACGUUACGUCAGAACCGGAAAGGGUGUUAUUUUACGCGCGUGCAAGUCGCAAUUUUCACUGUGGCGUUUGCUCUUUCAAUAAUUCUUGUGGUUUUACUUUUGACUUUUGUACGAAAAGAGCAGAUAAUACACGUAUCAUCCCCCGGAGCGUUACAAGAUUGUAAUCCGAAAAUAAAAUAUAAUACUACCGGGAUAUCUGUGGAAUCGGAUAUUGUACAAAAUGAAACAAGUUCUGUUUCAGCUGAAAAUUUAACUCGUGUUGAAAACGCGACUGAUAAUACUACAAUUCCUGAAAAAGUAAAUAGCACGGACGUUUUGGUUCCGGAAAAAGUUUCCAGACCCUGGGAUAAUAUUCGAUUACCACGUGAUAUACUACCGGAAAGAUACGAUAUAUUUCUCAAGAUUGAUUUAGAAAAUAGAACAUUCAAAGGAAGCGUUAAUGUGACGGUGAAGACGUCGGCUCCGAAGAAAGUUCUAUUGCUGCACAUCAAUCUUCUGUGGAUUUUGAAAGAUUCCGUAAAAGUUAGAACUCUGGAUGGAAGUAGAGUUUUCAAUAUAAAACGACAAUUUCAGGUUUGGAAAACACAAUUCUGGGUUAUAAUUCUCGAGGAGGAACUUACUCUAACCGGAUAUUACGUCAUUGAAAUUGGCAAUUUCCGAGGAACCAUGUACACGGAUUUACGGGGGCUAUAUCUCAGCUCGUAUGAAUCGUCAACUGGUACAAGGUAUCUAGCGGCCACACAGCUCCAGUCUACUGACGCCCGUAAGGUGUUCCCAUGCUUUGACGAACCCGACAUGAAAGCCAGGUUUAAACUGACAAUACAACACGAGGAAGGUUACACGGCCCUUAGCAACAUGCCCGUGGAGUCCAAACAGUACCUGUCAACAGAACCCGGAUGGUUGAGAGUAAACUACCACGAAACCCCGAUUAUGUCGACAUACUUAUUGGCCAUUGUUGUUUCCGACUUCGAGUACAACGAGGCUAUCCUAGAUGGCGAUUACCAGCUGCGGAUCUGGGCUCAACCAAACAAGAUCAACCAGACGCUGUACGCCCUCGACUUGGGGAUCAAGCUAUAUGACUACUUCACGAACUACUUCCAGAUCACAGACGUUGUCCCGAAAUCCGAUCAUGUGGCCGUGCCUGAUUUUAGUGGUGGUGCUAUGGAAAACUGGGGUCUCGUGAUUUAUCGCGAGACUGCCCUUUUGUUUGACCCGGAUGUCUCGUCCAGUGAAAAUCAGUUUAUGGUCACAUUGAUCGUUGCACACGAGAUAGCACAUACGUGGUUCGGUAACAUGGUGACAAUGAGAUGGUGGGAUGACCUAUGGUUAAAUGAAGGAUUUGCUAGUCUACUCAUGUACUUUGCCAUGGAUCACGUGUUUCCGGACUGGGAAGUGUUUACACUUCAUGUCGUCGUGAAGGAAGUGUUUCCGGUUAUGGUGCGAGACGCCCUUACCACGUCACAUCCGGUUUCAACACCUAUUCUUACACCCGAUGACAUUACUCAAUCCUUUGAUGCUAUUUCCUACAGUAAGGGAAUGGCAGUUCUGAGAAUGUUGCUAGGCUUUGUUGGAUGGGAAGACUUCAGAACAGGUUUACAGGUGUAUGUAACUAGGUACAAGUUUAAAAACGCCGUCAUGGAACAGUUGUGGCAGACGUUCUCGGAGGCAGUAGAAAAUAAAUUUGUGAUAGGAGAAAUCAUGGACACGUGGACACGACAGAUGGGGUACCCCGUGGUGACCCUCCGAUCAGAUGGGGAUCACUACAUUUUAGACCAGGACCGCUUUCUGCUUGAUGGCAACUCCAGUAUGGGUGACCCAAGUCCAUACAAUUACAAGUGGCACAUUCCGUUUACCUACGUCACUGAAGCAGAACAGGAUAUAAAUAACCGGAAGUUGGUGUGGCUCAACAUGGAUUCAGCGAGGAUACCAAAAGGUGAAGACCAGUGGAUUCUUGGAAAUGUUGAUUAUAUAGGCUUCUAUCGAGUAAACUACGAGCUCAGCAUGUGGCGCUCUCUAGCGGAACAACUAAACAACGACCACACGGUUUUCCCCGAGGCAAACAGAGCUGGAUUGAUCGGUGACGCCUUCAACUUAGCAAGGGCCAAACUGCUGGACUAUGACGUUGCGUUUAAUAUGACGACAUAUUUAAAUAAGGAGGAGCGUUAUGUCCCUUGGGAAGCUAUGUUGGAAUCCACCAGGUUCAUCAAGGGCAUGCUAUCAAAACAAGGCGCAUACAUACUCUUACGGCAAUACCUACACGACCUCGUGGCGCCGGUAUUUGAUAAGGUCGGGACGUCGCCUGGGGGUAUCCUUCCAGAAAAAUAUCUCCGUGAGGUAAUAUUGACUACAGCGUGUGACGUAGGCGUUACCAAGGCAAUAGAUUACGCUAAGGAGAAAUUCCGCCAGUGGAAGGAAGAUGGCGUUCUACCGCCGUCUCACUUUUCGUUGACGAUCUACUCGGUCGGAGUACGUGAGGGGAGCGUGGAGGAGUGGGACCAUGUCUGGAAUCGGUCACAGGCCUCAAACGUCGCAUCGGAACGACAAAUGCUUAUGGAGGCGCUCGCUCAGACACAAAAACCUUGGUUAUUAUGGAGGUACGCUAAUUGGAUUUUCGAUGAGACAAAAAUAAAAAGACAGGAUGUACGACUGGUGGUCAGCUACUUCGCUAAGAACCCCCUAGGCCGUAUGAUCGCUCUACAUCUCCUGAUGAAUAAGUGGGAACAACUCAAUGAGCAGUUCGGAGGAGACGGAUUUUUACUAAGGGAAACAAUAGCAGAAGUUACGCAAUUUGUUAACACGGAAUUCGAACUGGACCAGCUUGAAUCGCUGUUCAGUGCAAAGAUGCCAACCAUAGCGUUUAGAGAGACACGGAAUUCCCUAGAGUUGAUAAGAGGUAACAUUAAGUGGAUGAAAGCAAACUAUCAAACGAUAUCGGACUGGCUUCGUCUGCACGUGGUGGGGAUGCUGUAAAUAGCACACAAAAAAACAUAUAUGAAACAUUUAAAUUUAUUUUUAUUAUACAACUGACUGUUAUAAAUAAAGAUGUGUACAUAUUAUCAGGAUGUAUAUUUUGUUGAUUGAAUAUAAUUCAUGCCAAUGGAUGUAAAUUACAAUGUUAUUGAUCUAGAGAUAUUAAGAUAGCAUUGAUAUAUGUUAUGUUACUGUUUGUCAAAGUAGACGGAUAAUCCUAACAUGACGUAUCAAUAUAUAUUGGAAAUGUUUGAACAUGACCAGACAUAUUUUCAUUCACGAGUUGUUAUGUUUUGUAAAUGUCGUUGUUUCUUGAAACAAAUUUGUUUUUAAUUUUGUAAAUACAAAAUAUAAGCAAUAUGCUGAUAUACUAUCAAAUGGUUUGUGUGUGUACUUGUUCAUAUAGAUCAAUAUACUAUUCUUAUCCAAAAAUGGUCUCUGUUGGAAUCAAUAUAAAAUAGAUUAAUUUAAAUAUGUAUGCAUAUAUUUAUAUAGAUCUCAAUGUGACAUUGAUAUAAUCUGUUCAUACCAUUGUACAACGUACUUACCAUGCAACUAUCACUUUGUCUGAAUGCAUAGGCUGUCGUACAUGCUUCCCCCCCCCAAUCUACUGGAUUCUAGUAUUAUCAUAACAAUCGGUCGUUUCAUUACUUACCAAUAAGACUCAAAUAUUCGAUGAGCUAUGAAACAAUGCAUUACCCUUCGUAACCCCUCGAAUGUGUUUCACACGUAACCAUAGUUACAAUAGGUUUAUUAUGAACAAUUUAUACGCCGGAAAUAAGUUUACUCCCAAAUGCAGAAAACUAUAGGGGUUGUACUUUAUGAUUCGAUAUUAUAAACUUAAACAGAGAAAAUUAUCAGAGUUUAGGGCGUGGAGUUCUGGUUAUUAUUAUAAUUAUGCAGAUACAAGUUAAGGUGUUAUGUACCCCUUCUAUAUCAUAUGUCCCAUUUUGAUUUUCCUUGCUUCCAAAUAGAAUUUACACUCAUUAAUUCCUUAGCUUUACUGACGGUCAUAGCAUGACAAAACAGCUGUAUGUUGCACUAAUCAUUUUUUAUCAGUAAUACUAUCUAUUAAUAAAUUCGUGCGAUAGGUUUUUUUCUAUCUUUAUUUAACGGUUCACGUUAUUAAUCAUGUAGACAGACCGGCAUUUUCCCUAUUUGUUUUACUGUAAGAUCUGUGCCAUGUUAUCUAUAUUUUUAAAACAGAAUUAUGGGUCGAAAUCUAUUUUUGACGUUCAAAUAGUUUCAGAUUUUUCUUUAAAAACAUUAGGAAAAUUGUGUUAUGUUUAGAAACUUAUUGGGGAUAGCUCUUAUUUAAUGUAUCCAGGUUUGAAAUCCCUCGACUACGAUGUAAAAGAAAUUACAAUGCAUACAGGGCACUAUUACUAUUCACAUUAACGUUUGAAUUCCCGUUUUUACUAAAUUACUGGUAGCAAUUUGAAUUGUUUAGCUUAACGUUGUAGAUUCACUAUACCCUGAUACUACAGCAGACAUUUGAAAGCCAUACCCAAGUAAAGUGUCAUUAUCCUGCCGCGCUCGACACUUUCCACAGAGUCACUAUCGCUCUCUACAUCAACGGAAUAUGGUGUCACAAUAUCAAAGCUCAGUCUCUGCCAUCUGGUGGAUAAAAGAUGUACUCUUUGUACAAUAUUGCACGAGAUCGUCAUGUGGGUUGUUGAUCCUCUUUAAUCUUCAACAACUUAGCGAUUGGUUAUUUGUCCUAUCAUGGUAACAGUUACAUAGCUAGUUGGUUUAAACAGUAUUUUAUUACCAAAAAUACUUACAAUACAUUGGUCAAUAUAUACAAAAAUUAAGUACAGGCAACAAGAGUGCUAGUUGUCUUUGAUAUUGCAAUGACAUAACCCAGGGGUGCAAAGAGAGAAUAUAUAUUAAUGUCAAAAUAAGUCCUGAAGUUUUUAAGCUGUAGCCCCACACAAAUGGCUCUUAACUCAUUUGAUCAUGAACGUUCCAUAUUAAGGACUUAAAUCUAGUUACCUAAAUUAUACCCAUACCUUUAUCUAUCUGAACAUACUAUAAUGUCAAGGACGUGUUAAUGUACAGUGUUGUUAUUUGUAAAUUUUGUUUAUAUUAAGUAUGAAUACAAUAUUUAUGUAAACAAAUAUCACAUGUAAAGUUUAACGUUUUGUACUAUUUAUUGUGUAAUCCAUAAUAAAACAAAGUAAAACACCAUG